AUGAUCAAUUUUUAUCUCUGCAGUACGAUUCAUAGACACAUUCUUAGCACCGUCAGUCUGAAGGAGGAGCCUAUCCAUGCACUGGAUUAGUGUACACACACACACACGCUCACACACACACACAGACAUACACUAUGUCAGGACUAUGUCAGUGGUCAGAGCUGUGGCGGUCCUGUUGUUCCUGAACAGUUUGUGGACUUUAGCCGGUGCUGAUGUUCCAGUCUCCUGUCUCUUCAACCGGACCUGUCUGCUGCCCUGCAACUACAACCCCGGGAGAGAAGUUCUGAUCCACUGGCACCAGCUCAUAGGUGGAUCAGAACUUGUGGUCCACUCCUACUACAAUGACAAGGACCAGGUCGCCCACCAGGACCCACGCUUCCAGUACAGGACCUCUCUGUUCAACGACCUGAUCGCCAGGGGCAACGCCUCCCUGCAGUUGACACGGCUUCAGAUCGAGGACCAGGGGAUGUUCAGGUGUUACACCAGCACCACCACCGAGGGGACCAACCAGACCAUCAUCAAUCUGAGUGUGACUGCUCCAGUGAAGGACGUGGACCUGAGGCAGGUGGACAACACGAUCACCUGCAGCGCUGGAGGACUUUACCCCACACCUGAGCUGGUCUGGUACAAUAUGACCCAGUGGGAUGGCCCUGAAGUGAAGGAGAGCCCGGGUCACCUGUACAACAUCAGCAGCUCCGUGACACUGACGCAGAACAACGCUGAUCUGCUUCACUUCAGCUGCAGCGUCACCGCUGGCAGCAGCAACAGGAGAAGCACGCUCUUCAAAACCACCUUUGUAGAAGUGUCAAACGGAGAAGUGUCACUCACCUGCUCCACGCUCCAAAAGAAACCCCUGACAGACCUGGACCUGGACCGGGUCUGGACCUGGACAUUCAACCACAGCCAGACCAUCCUGACUCAGCCUGGGGCCAACAGGACUGUAAGUGAGCGGUGGCUGAAGCUGGUGGACAACGGGUCGGAGGUCGGAGUCCUGAAGCUGAAGGACUUAUCCUCAGAACACCACCAGGGGGCAUACACCUGCCACGCCCGUGACAGAGAGGAGACAUUUAUCAGCAGCACCAAUCUGAAGAUAAAGAAAGGUUCAAAAGUUGGACUCAUAGUUGGACUUACAGUACCAGCAGCAGUAGUGUUGACUGGACUAGGAAUCUGGUUCUACAAAAAGAAGAAAACCAACUCUUCAAGACCGUACUGACACGGGCAGCGGCGGGAUAGUGGUUAAGGAAGCAGACUUGGGUCUGGAAGGUUUGAGUCCACCAGCUGCCAAGUUAACACUAAGGUGCUGAGCAAGGCACCGUCCGCACACACUGCUCCCCGGACUUUGAUGAUGGGUUAGAAACAGAGAUCACAUUUGGUUGUGUCACACUUUCCUCUCCUAUAGUGAUGGGUCAAAGGUCACUUCACUGUUGUUAUCACGGACAGGGCUGUCAAACGAUGACAAUCUUUAAUCUGCUAAAUCACAGUCAAGAUGUGGAUUAAUUACUCACAUUAGUUUAGUGAUUAAUCACACAUUGAUCACUAAUCAAUUCAUCCUUAUCAAAUUAAACAUGACUAACAAAUAUGAAUCACUUCAAAAUGACUAAAUUUUUCUAUCACUGGAUUCUAUCAUAAAAAUAAAUCAUGAUG